AUGAUAAGAAAUUCCAUUUUAGAGUCUCCCUUGGUCGCGUCGAUAGGAAAAUGGAUCUGGGGUAGCACUCCCAAUCCCAACAUUUCGCCCGACAUUUGUUUGGCAGGUCUCCCCUUUCACAUGAUUUACGACUGUUGGAUGCAAGUGGUGGUCAAGUGCAUGGGAAUUUCCAUGAUUGCAGGGGCCAUGCUGAACAAGGCACCCACAUUGGUCAACAUUGUCCAAUCCAAGUCGGUGGCAGGGCUACCCAAGAGUUCCAUUUAUGGGGAAACCAUCAUCAUGGUCAAUGCGACACUCUACGGGUACUUGCAACGGUUUCCCUUUACAGCAUAUGGCGAAAAUGUCGCCAUCGCGUUGCAAUGUACCAUGAUGAUGCUUCUCAUGUGGCAGUAUUCCGAGGAUCAUCCCAAAAAAGGAUCCCACAAGGCUCCUUCAUCCACUUCCUCGCUAAUAGAGAAUCCUUCUACAAUCCACUCGACGACACGGUUGGUAACAACGCAAAAAGAAAAGCUACAAGUGACAUGCCUCUCUGUCCUGUACAUUUUCAAUGUCGUGCAUUUUCUACCACCGUCACGGUAUUAUCUGUUAAUGUCGUCCGUGCUACCCCUCAUGGCAUAUGCCCGAGGCAACCAGAUUAUGGAAGCCUACUCAAUACAACACACGGGUACACAGUCCAUUGUCACUACGGCCAUUAGUUUGGGUGGAAACUUGGGGAGGAUAUUGACCACCAUUAAAGAAGUUGGAUUUGACAUGGCAGCCCUUUCUUGGUACUCUGUGAGUGCCCUGUUGAACUUUGUCAUGUUUGUACAAUUCUUUGUCUAUCGACAGAAUACCAAGUUGUUCCUGGAAGAGAUGAGACAACAAAAGACGUAUGUGUUGCCCAAGGAAGCAUAG